UAAAUUUAAAUUAUUCCAAAACGCACGAACAAUUGAAAAUCACAAAUUAAUUACAUCAAUUAUUAAACAUUACUUUUCAAAAGUCAUUAAUAAGUAAUUGAAACAAUGAAACAAAUACGAAUUUAUCCUACAAAGUACAAGAAGAAAUUAAAAGUAAUUAAUCAAAGUGAUAAAUCAAAACGAAAGGAUCAACUUAAAUAAGUCAUUAAUAAAUAGAGUACUGACUCAUGUUUAUCUGUAUUGUUUAUAUAUUUUUAUUUCAAUCAUUUUACUACGAUACAUGCAUACUUGAGGCACUUUUUUACAGAUGAAAUAUUUUUUUUUUUGCUCAUAUGUAUAUUACAUGUAAUUUAUUGAACUCUUUACCGGGAAUAUUUAUCAAUUCUGAAGCAAAUUUUGAGCAAGUUAAGGAGAAUAGAGCAAAAUAUUAUAUCUAUGUAUACUUCGGUUGAUUGAUGCUUAUGUAGGGAGUUUGAUAUCAGCAAAUGCAGAGGGCAGCAGUCGUGGCCGAGUGGUUAAGGCGUCUGACUAGAAAUCAGAUUCCCUCUGGGAGCGUAGGUUCGAGUCCUACCGACUGCGGAUUUUUUUUAAAUUUUAGUAUACAAUUCGAAAUUCUUCAAAAAUAUACUAUGUUAUUAUUAAAAAUGCCUUACUAUCAUUUUUUAUUCGAAUUUGAACAACAAUAACAAAGAAGUUUAAUAAUAACAGUUGUUAAUAAUUAAUGCAACAGAUAUGAUAAUGAGAGACAUUAACUUGUUUUAUCAUAAUACAUUUCUCAUCGUGACAUUGUAUAAAUUAUCAUGGCAAUUAUCUACAGGUAAUUAACCAAAUACCCUUGUCACUUAGCUAAGAUAUCGGUGUAAUUGCAUAUUUAACAUUUAAACUCUCGAGCCGUUUAUACCUGACACUUAUUAUUAACCACUCAUAUUUGUUUGAUCAAAUUAGCACAUCAUUUGAAACACUUGAACAGUAUCAUAACUAUUAUCAACAAUAGUUGCUGUUGAAUUAAAAAAAAACAUAUGGGUUUAUCAAGUGCUUGUACACUCGUUCAAAAAUUAAUCAUCUAUAUCUUUACACAAACAAAUAUAAAUCUGAAGAGAUAAUGCCCAUCAUUUUACGAAUGACGUUAUUGACGUAAUCUGUGGAAAUUUUUCUGACCGAUAAUUUUUGACGUGGGUGUGUAUUGUAAUCUACACUCAAUAAAUAUAAAUUAUUAAUCAAUUUAAACUUAUUGAUAAAAUUAAUUGCUGUAUGUAUACAUAUGUAAAUUUAUCAAUUAUUAUAAUUCACACUUCAUACUAGCGUUCGGUUAUUAAGAGUUUAUUAUAUUGUUUGAUAACGUUAAAUCACGUGGACAUAUAUACACAUAUAUUUACCAUGAUCGUAACAAUCACGUUGCGUUACCACGUGUACUGAGCUGUAUUUAUUUAUUAUUGAUCUCUAUUAUAAUUUUUUUUUUAUUUUAGAAAAAAAUUGUUUUCUAGAAAAAUCAUCGAUUAUCUGAAGCUAUUUACAUAUUUUUUUGUGAUCAAUGUUAUUAUGGUUACUCUAUAAUUGCACAUCUAAUGCGCAAUUGAUUUUUUACACUAAUUUAUUACUUCUCAAGACUUGAAUGCAAUGAAAUUCUUCUAAGAUCAUAUGCAAUCUAUUCUCUUUCUCACAUACAUAUAAACAAACGAAACGAACAUUGUUGCACUUACAUCAGCAAAUGGAAAUUUAAAAUCAGCCGUUCUCAGAUAUAAACUGAAAUUUCCGAACGAGAAGCAUUUCAUCUAAUAAAUAAUAACUUUAUGCAUCGAAUGAAGUAUUUUAUUUAAUGAUCUAGGUCUUUGUCUAUGAAAAGGAAUCAUUUGAAAAUUACCUAUUUCACUCUCUUAAAAAUUAUGAAAAUCUAGAAAUUUAGAAUUUUUAUCUCAAUGGAUUCUCAUUAAAAAAAAAUAUUUAAAAUUUAUAAAUCUACAAAGUAGUGUGAGCAAGUAGGGUAGAGGUACCAUUUGUUGCCACUGCUCCAUUUUUGGGCAUUUAUACUCUAUUUUCACUAACGAAAAAGUGUAAGAUAAAUUUCCAUUUAAAUAGGGGGAUAGAAGUAUCUCUAAAGAAGUUCCAAGAAUUAAUUAUGCUAUUGCGUAUUUUGAAAAUUAUUUUAUUUUAAUUUUUCAAGCGUCCAAAACUGGCUCUAAAGUGGUCAAAAACAGUACCUCUAUCCUGUAUAUAGUAGAGGUGGGUAGUUCCGGGAAUAUUCCGGAUUGAACCUGGAAUGUUUCCGGAGCGAAAAGGGAGCUAGUUCCUGGAAUCAUAUCCGUGGAACUAUUCAAUGUUUUUAAUUCUCCUGAAGGUUCAGUAUUUAGAACGUAGACAUACAAAAUAUUCUAGUAUACACAACAUUAUGCUAUGUGACCUAUGUAUUUAAGACGCAUUCACGGCGGACUAUAUUAUUUUAUACUAAAUAGAAAAUGAAUUAUGAUUGGUAUUCAACUCAAAGUUUCAUAAAAAGUCACCAACUUAAGAUUAUUUUGCUGCUUUACUGCUUGUUAAUAAAGACAGCAGUGCCGGACAAAAAAGAACUAGUGAGUAUACUAAAAUGAAUUUUGAGGAACGAUCGGAUACGUAUCUGUACAAAAGACAUAGUUCAUGGGACUAUACAGAUCUGGAAUUGCCCACCUCUCAUAUACAGAAAGAAAUAGAAAUUAGAAUAUAAAUACAGUUUACUCUAUUUUUUUCGCACAUAAAAAUUUUCAUGUUUAGCUGUGAUACGAUUUAACUAAAGUUAUGAAUACAUCAUUUUUAGACGUUUUUUAAUGUCGAUUAAAUUAUCUACUUUUUUUGUACUUUCCCUGAUACCCGGUUAUACCUUUAGCCCUCAUAUUGCUGUGUAGUAAAAAUAAUCAGUAUAAUAUAUUUAUGAAUGUUGAAGGAAAAAAAGCAGAAAUACAUAUGAGAUGGACAAGAAAAAUAAAUAAAGGAAAAGUAAAUAAUAUAAAUAUUGAUAAGAGGUCAGUAGGAAAAAAACGAUUCACGUGCUGAUCGAGAGGCCACACGUGUCCCUAGUUAUUACGAUAGAAUAGAACAAACGUAGAUAUGACAAUAUUUAUGCAGGUGCAUUGACGGCGAAAAGAGAACGUCGAUAAAGUCUACUAAGACAAUAUUUAAUCUUACUCUUGAAACAAAAAGUUAUCAAUACACAUAUGUACAUACACAUUAACUCAUUUUUUAUUUAAUAAAAUUACGAAAUCGCGUUAUCGUAAUGGAAAUUUCUUCAUUAGCAGUAAUUUCGCAAUUGCAAAAUUUAAAUCAGAUAGACUUAAGUAUGGAAAUUUAAAAAUUUUUUUUCAAUAAAUUGUAAUUAUUAUUUGUGUAGUCUAAUAAAAAAAAUUAAAGUGAUAAAUCGAUUGAACGCGGUAGAGCGAUACUAAUUUAGUGAUGUGAGAACCGAAGCGAUGCAGAAUGUACAUAUUUGUGCUGCUCGUCGAAUGAAACGAACGAGAGCGGGAGUGUGUAGAUCUAUCGAAAAGUGCAGUACCGAAUAGUGUGCAAAGGGAGUUAACAAAUUGCUGUCAACGAAAAUCAAUUUAAAUCUCACUAUAACUGAUGCUUCUGAAACUGUUAUCAUUUAAGCUGAUUAAGUUGUUUCGGAGUCGAUUUGUUUAGAUUUCUAUCUUCAAUUGAUUGCCCGAAAAUAAGCAUAUAGUCAUCGGCAAAAAAUUCAUCGACAUCAACAAAAGGUCAAGUCAUAUUUUAAAAGUUUCUAUGACGUCCAUAAAAUAAAAUAAAGUCUGAGUAGUUAAAGCAUAAGCUAAUCCGCUCUAAUUCAGUUUUAUCUGAUCUACAUUAAUCCAUCUAAAUAAAUCUAUAUCGGAAUUAGGAAACAUUAAUACGAGUGAUUUAUUUACUCAGAUAACAAAGUUUGCACUUCUACAAUGUAUAUAAUAAAUAUAUAUUUUUUGUGCGGUAUUAUCAUCAAUAUUUUUAAUUAAUUUAUUUAAAAGUCUAAUUAGAUCGACUGGGAUAAAAAUAUAUUUAUAAGUAUAAACGUUUGAUCACAAUUAGAACGAGCCUCCUUCACGUGACAACAAUCUCCCACAAUGACCCUCGGUCGUUGAUUUGAUAACAUAACUAUUUGCGUCUUAGAUUAUAAUUCUUAUCACCAAUUUUCUUUCAUCACAAUAUCGUAACUUCGCUACGCGCUAAAUUAUUAAAACGACUGUCAAACAAAUUGAUUAAACAAUUUAUUAUCCAUUCAUCUAGUCAAUAAAAAAUACUUAAAAAAUUUUUUCAGACUAUUGUUGAAGGUGACCCAUUCCAAUUAAAGGGUCACCGAUAAAAUGACUUUAAUUCGUGAUGAUUCAAUGAUUGAAUAAAUUGUAAAAACGACAUGUUAUAUCAGUUGGUAUUUGGAGUUAUUAUUAAGUAUUAGUAUUAGUAUUAGUAUUAGUAUUAGUAUUUCCUUGGACUUGGAGAGUUGGUGGCUGAGGGGCAGGACAUGUUUAAGUGGUAAGCGCAUGUUAUCGGACGCCGGGGGACGGAAGACGCUAAAUGAAACGUGUAGUGUGAGAAGUAUAUGUUUUGUGGGGAUCUAGCGUAGCGUAGUUUGAAUAGCAGCUAAGCGGGAGGAUUUCAUGCGAAUGCGCGCGCAGAUCCCCGCUUUUUUCCCGCCAACUUACGGAUCCUAUAUAUGACGUCACCAUUAUAGGUCGGGACGCUUUCAGCAGAAGCUGACAAUUGCUUUCGGAAGCUGAGGAAUCAUCAUCUUUUACUGGCUAUUCAUAAGACUUUUUUUUAAAAAUGACUCCGACAACUGCAACAAGUUCUUCGGAAUCACUUGAACAAAUGCCUAAAAAUGACACUCUAAAAUUACGAGAAAGGCAUAUUGGGCAAUCAUGUAAGCUCUUUUAUCGAUCAAAUCCUUUGAAGAUUGUCAAAGCAACUGGGCAGUACAUGUACAACGAACGGGGGGAACGUUACCUCGAUUGUAUCAACAAUGUGGCGCAUGUUGGACAUUGUCAUCCAGAGGUUGUAAAAGCCGGUCAACAGCAAAUGUCAUUAUUGAGUACCAAUAAUCGUUUUCUGCAUGACAAUUUAGUAGUCUGUGCCCGUCGAUUGACUUCGCUGCUACCGGAGCCGCUGUCUGUUUGUUUUCUCGUUAAUUCUGGAAGCGAGGCGAACGAUCUGGCACUCAGAUUAUCUGAAGCACACACUGGAAAUAAAGACGUUAUUGCUCUAGAUCAUGCUUAUCACGGACACUUGACCUCGCUGAUCGAUAUCUCACCCUACAAGUUCAAUCAACUGGAGAACGGGAAAAAGGAGUGGGUGCACGUGGCUCCUUGUCCGGAUGUCUAUCGCGGAAAAUAUCGAGACGUGGACUAUCCAGAUGAGGAUCUCGGAGAAAAGUACGCGAACGAUGUAAAGAGGAUUUGCGAUAAUGUUAAGACCCAAGGACGAGGUAUUCGUGCAUUCAUCGCCGAAAGUCUUGUAUCCGUUGGCGGGCAAAUAAUUCCCCCGAAAAAUUAUUUCAAAAAUGUCUACCGCCACGUACGUCAAGCCGGAGGUUUGUGUAUCGCAGAUGAAGUUCAAGUUGGAUUCGGUAGGGUGGGAUCACACAUGUGGGCAUUCCAACUUUAUGGCGAGGACGUAAUACCGGACAUUGUAACGAUCGGUAAACCAAUGGGAAAUGGGCAUCCUGUGGCCGCAGUUAUAACAACUCAGGAGAUUGCCGCCAGUUUUAAAAGUACCGGGCUCGAGUACUUUAAUACGUACGGGGGUAAUCCGGUAUCAUGUGCGAUAGCAAAUGCAGUAAUGGAAGUAAUUGAAAAGGAAGGUCUUCAAAAGCACGCAGCAAGAGUUGGCAGUUACUUGUUGAAUGAAUUAAUUAAAUUAUCCCGAAGACGUACUAUUAUUGGAGAUGUACGUGGUGUCGGAUUAUUUAUUGGAAUUGAGUUGGUACGUGAUCGUGAACUGAGAACUCCAGCCACGGUGGAGGCCAAGCACGUCGUGUCUAGAAUGAAGGACGAAAAAAUUCUUGUAAGCAGCGACGGGCCUGAUAAUAAUAUUCUGAAAUUAAAACCGCCGAUGGUUUUCUCAAUUGAAAACGCCGAUCAUUUUGUACAGACGCUCGAUUACAUCUUGCAGGAGGUUGAAGUUGAUACUGAUCAAGUAAUUGAACCGACGACCGCGAUAUUGGAGGCAGUCAUCUCGGCGGUAGAUAUCGAUCCCUCGAUAUCACAGCCAACUAAAUCCGUGGCUAUUCGAGCGAACUAGGUGACUCAGUCAUCAAUUAUUUCAGACUAUUCAUCUUUGAUGCAACUUCUCAUCAUUAUUAUUAAUUAAUUAUUUUAGUAAUUAUUAUAAUUUAUAUACUAAUUGUCUAAAGUUAAAAUAGUGUAAAUAGAUUUGUAAAUAAAUAAAUAACAGCAUAAUUGUA